AUGAGAUCGAAUGGACAUUAUAAUGUUAAUGGUGAUGCACAAGAAAUGAAUGUAAAUAACAAUCAUCAUUUACAACAUGAUAUUAUUGUUAAUUCCAAUUAUAUACAUAAAAAAGCAAAUAUAAUGCCAAUUGAUCGAUCGAAAUUUAUGUAUUAUAAUGGGCAACUACUUCCAGUUGAUUAUGUUCUUGUCUAUACACGUUAUCAUUCAAAUCAUUUUCGACGAAGUCAUAAAUUUAAUCGUCAACAUGAUGAAUAUAGACAAUUUUUUCAAGAUCGUCUUAGAAAAUUAGGUUUUAUUAUUGUUGAAGAACGAUUAACUGAUGAAGAAAAUGAUCUUCUAAAUUUACGUCAAGCUGAAACAUCAGCUGAUGUUCCUGAUAAUAAUACCAAUAGUAAUAAUGAAGAGAAUCAUGUACUUGUUCGUGGUUUAUCAACAUUACAACGACAUGUAUCUGUACGUUUACAAAACAUUAGUUCACAUCUAAAAAAAGAUACACAAGACACUACUCAUAAUAACGAUGGAA